UUGUCUGGAAAGUAAUUGCAGAAUCUUGUGUGCAAUUUAGUUAAAUGACUACUGAUCAUUUUCUUCAGUGCUUCCUGGCUAGUGGAAUCUUUCAAAAAAAAUUUGUUUCUGGAUAUGCGUUACGAAACAUGUCCAUCCUAUCAUUUGAAACGUUUGUUCCACAGAGAGAGGGUUUUUUUUGUUUGUUUGUUUGUUUUUAAUGCAGCAAUUUUGUCAGUUAGCUCAAAGCAAUUGUGUCCUCUGCCCUGUAAAGACAGAUUCAGAUCAUUCAGGUGAUUGAAUAUAUCUGCCAUAUAUGCAGCACAAACAAGCCAUUUGUUGUUACUGAAGUGCUCUACCAGGUGAGAUUUUUUUUCUUCAAGAAAAGCUGCCAACUCAUUUUUAAGUUUAUAUACAUGAGACAACACUUUGCCAUGGGGCAGCCGGUAAAGCAGAUGUACAUGUGUACUGCCCAUUUUCUGACAAAAGGCAUGAAAGCAUCAUGAAUUCUUGGCAUUUUGUUUGAUGUAAUUCACUAUUUUUACAGCAUUUUUAAGAGUUUCGUGAAGCUCAAGUCCCUUGUCUUUAGCUGCUAAUGCCUCCCUGUACAGGAAACACUAGUUGCAUAUUGCAUUGGGUGCUUUCAAAAGGAUUCUUAGAGCAACUACUGAAUGUUUCCGUCAUCAGUUGUAACACCAACACACUUUGACCAGCUUAAUCCCGCUGACUCCCAGUAAUUAUCCAGUGUAACAAAUAUAUCUGCAGUAGUAGUAGAAAUAGGCAAAUCUGCACUUAACAAGUACUGUUCUUGCAAAUCACUUUUCCAUGCAUGCCUCACAUAAACCAUCAAGAUAGCAUGGUUUGAUACAUCUGUAGAUUCAUCUAAUUGUAAAGCAAAACAGUCGCUUACUGAAAGACGAUCAGUUGUUUGCGGUUUGGUGUAUUCUGAGCUAUAUCACAGAUUCUUCUCCAUAUUGUAUUGUUGGAGAGAGAGAGAUUGCUUUUAAUAUUUUUUGCCACCGACUCACCUGUCAAUUUAGUGCAUAUGUCGAUAGCAGAAGGUAAAACUAACUCCUCAGUGACAGCGUGAGCAUUUUUACAAUGCGGUGUGCAACAAUGUAAGAGGCAUGCAGUGCUUGCUGACGGACAGUAAAUACAUAUUCAUUUUUUUUUUGACUUUUCCAUUUGGCUUUUUCGUUUAAAAAAAAUCAAGAGACUUCUCUUUAUAGCUAGAGUGCUUUGUCUCCAAAUGUCUACAUUAAUUUGAUGGUUUUAGGCUUUAAUUUGUUAACAGUUCACUGCAGAUGACACACUCUGGCCUGUGUUCACCAUUUCAGUCUGUGGUAAAUGAAAUCCCAAACUUUAAGUAAGCAGGGUCAUAUCUACAAUUACUUUUCUUCUCAGGUUUUGAUGAAUUCCUACUAUCUUUGGUACUUGCAGUUGCAACAGGACAGUUUAAAAAUGUAUCCAUUUCACUAACUAGAGACUCACUGUGAUUAAAACACACACUCUUCACUUGAAACUCUACACCGCACUCUUUUCCCAUAACUCUUUCAACCUUCCAUUCGAUUGGCUAAUCGGUAAGGCUAGGUCACGGAGGUCACUGGUUCCGUGAUUUUUAUGUGACCUUCAUGACUUCAGCCCUUGGUGGCAGGGCUGAGGGCUUGGGCAGCUGUGAACUUUUUGUACAUCUGUUUGACCCACUUUUAGGUGGCGACCUGUGGAUUAAGAAACACUGCUCUAGACACCAGAUACCACACAAUGUGGAUAAUGAUAAUAGUGAGUUGGAAAUUACUGCAGUCACAGACAAAGCACAACGUACACAUGAAGUUGGUACUACAUAAAUUCCUAAAGUAAAUAGAUGUCUGAUCAUUCUAAUGUAGGCUCUUGAAAUUACCAGUGCCAUCUUCUGGUUAUCAUGGGGAGUUGAUCAGGUGAAAGGAUUAAAUAAUGCACCAGUUCAGGGCUACACAGAUCAUGUUGGCAACAAAACUACCUUAAGGAUGACCUAUCCAGAGGGAGCCCCACUUUCUGAAAAUGAAUAUAACCCUGAGAGCUUGUUUGUUGUUGUCUUAUUUAAAAGUGUCGAUUUCAAUUGGCUUCAAGCAAUGGUAAAAAAUGAAGCAUUGCCACUAUGGGUUCGACUAUUUUUUUGGAAGCAGGUGGCUGAGAAAAUUCCUGUAACACCAAAACAGUUUCGUAUUUUAAAUCCGAUCAUCAUUAAAGAGACUGCCUUGGAUAUACUACAGUACCCUGAGCCUCGAUCUAAAUUCUGGGGCUGGGAGAAGAAUGUUCCCACAAUUGGGGUCACUGCAGUUGUUCUGGCCACACAUUUAUGUGAUGAAGUGAGUUUAGCAGGAUUUGGAUAUGACCUCCGUCAACCCAACACACCUUUGCACUACUAUGACAAUCUCUGCAUGGCCGCAAUGGAAGGACAAACUAUGCAUAAUGUGACAACUGAAACAAAAUUCCUACAAAAACUGAUCAAAGAAGGGAUUGUGAAAGAUCUCAGUGGAGGAAUACAGUGUGAAUUCUGCAAAAAACCAAGCUAAUGACUGGAAUUGAGAGCACAGACUGGAUUAGAGGUUCCUGCAGCCUUGCUAGCAAUGGCCCUUUCAGUGCUCUCAUCCCACAAAGACUUUGAAGAAUCUCUCUUCUUUGUAUUUCUGUUGCUUUUUAAUGUCAAGUUGAAUUCGUUGUAUUUUUUUAAUUUAUUUUGAGUCCAGGUUUUUACCUUGCACACUUUUGUGGAUAAUUAUCAAUACAGUUUUGCAUUUAGAGAGAUUAAUUUAAAAUAUGUCAUGUUUUAAGCUAUCUGAAGGAAAACAAAAUUUAAGGGUUUUAUACGUGAAGGGCAUUCACGAACCUAGGUGUGUGUUGCCUAAUCUGGGGGGAGAAGAAUUGUUCCCACUGAAGUGGUGUUGCCUUUGUGGGUCCAUUUGUCAGUACAUAAUUCCUCUGUGCAUACAAAGAAAAGUAAAGGUGUGUGUUUCUAAGUGAAUUUGCUUUGUUGCUUGCAGGUUCUCUAGUCUUUGUGGUAGAUCAUCCACUUGUAUAACCUUCCACAGAUAUUUAGGCUACUCCCUUUCUGUGCUGAUACCUAUUUUUGUGGGGGUGAAGGGGCAGGGAGCAGGA